AUUUUUAAUAUGAUUGUGCAAUGUACUUGAAGACGCGACCAUGUACUUGUUAUAUAUACACGUUUCACUUGGUGCUGUACACGAAUUCCAGUGAUGUUUAGGCUUCGGUAUACUGUAGCAUACCUUUCGGUUUACUGUGUCACCUCCAGGUCUAGUCACAACAAUAUGCCUCAUUCGCACACCACACACCACAGAACCAUUGGCAGUGCGUUGUAUUUUAACGUAAGAUGUUGGCCCAAGUGGAGACACGUUGGAGGGUCACCUCCUUUUCCUGUUGAUCUUGAGCUGUCAUCAGCCGAACGCCUGGACGCUGAGCCCAUGCUUCUGAUAUCGUGAUCAGGUACUUGUAUCGUAACCUCUUUACGUCUGAGAGAUAGCUUGUUUCGCGUAAGGGCAGCUCUCUCUCGCUCUAAUGAGCUAGAUGAGGUCUCUGAAUUCACAGCGGAGAAACAGGGCACAGGGGCGUGAUGAGCAAGGUAUGGCUAGCAGUCGAGAGUGGAUUCUGGAUUCUUUCGUGGUUUGAUACGCCCCGGCAGCAGAUCGACUACCGAGAUGAGGUAUCAUGUACAAGAAGGCUUGCCUGACAAUGUUCGCAUGGCCCCAGUGCGGGCGCGUGAAUUAGAUCAACCAAUCGAUUUUGCGCGUGUCCCAAAAUUGUCAUCGCAGUAUUGCAAACAGCGCACUACACCCACGCAGGGUCCUAUCCAGCAGUGUCGUGCGCGUAUUGAUCCGGGCUGGUAGCUGCUAGAGGUCAUCAUCAUGUUUUGAGGGGUGUUUCGAAGCGGGGACAGCUUGCGAAGUGCAAGGAAUAAACAGCAUGAGUAGAGGCCCUGGGGCAAGUCCGUUCCAUAAGUAGAAAUUUACGUCUUGGGCAACGGACAGAAUUCCAAUAGGUCGGCGUUUGCUACAAACGAGCCCCAAGCCUCGCUGGAAGAGCUCGCUAGAUGUGUCGUCCUCUGCGAUCUGCACCAGGUCAGAGACCUCUCGUCGAACGAGGAUGUAAUAUAAGUCGCGAAACUGCUGGAAGGGAAUAUUGAAAACCUGUGCUUCACGGUGACAACCCACAAGCGGUGUGCUCUCCGAGAUCUCUAAGCUAUUCCAGAGUGGAGUAUGCCAGUCGUGGUGCAUGUAUCACACGUCCUCUCUCCGUAGAAUGCUGCUGAAAGAAUGCUUGCACUGCGGCGCAGAAUCAGUGUCAGUGUCGAGUGCUAGUGCAGUAGUGGAACUUUCCAGUCUAGCCUGCAGGUGAGCUGCAAACACUCACGGAAUACCCCCGCUGUGCAGAGUCCGAGGGGUUGCUUGUACUACAUGUAACACUAAGGAGUUACAUUGUAUCAUCGUCAUACUCAUAGUGCAUGCUGCGGCCUACUUCCGAAGGUUUGCUUCAUGCAGAGGACGACGGGAGGGUGGAUGUUAUCUGCCGCUCUCGUCCCGUUCGUCGAGGUCUUGUCUCGUCGCUUGUCAGGGAUUCCCCGCUGUGUGCUCCACCGCUUUCAACCCCAUCACCGAACAAUAACUUUACUGUAAUGUCGGUACGCUUGUUGGCCGGUCAGCCCCCGCAUCAGCCCUCUCACGGCCCUGCCUCCUUGUCGCUGCUCGUUUCGCUACUGUGCGCCACAGUGGUACUGCACAUACAUGUACUUAGCUCUGGUGCGCAAGGCUCUGUUGUUGGACUGCAGCCAGCUGCGACGAAGGGUGACGGCGAGGAAUACCCGCCGACCCCACCAAGUGUUCGCAACGAUCAUGAUGAUGAUGAUAAUAACAGGAAGGCCAUUGGACCCUACCUACCCGACACACGCGACACGGACGACUACAGUUGCGUAGCGCCAAGGAGAGGACUGAAGAUCGUCGAAAAGGACCAGUGCUUUGCGCCAUGCAUGAGACACUGCGCGGAAGGACUGCGUGCAGGCUUCUUCCACCUGUCCUGCCUGAUCCCGACAUGCCUCCCCCAAACAGUCAUGAACAAGGAGAGUCCCAGAGGGCGUGAGAGCAUGUCCAAUGAGAAUGAAAACGAGCAUGCAGAGGAUGUUGAACCGUGGGUGUUUGAAACUGAUCGGUACUCGGUCGGACUGGGGGAAUUCCCCGGGAACAAAUAUCAUAAUAACCACUCGGCAUCUGAUCUACGACCAACAAACGGAUUUGCCAUGACAAUCCAUCCGUUCACGUCGUGGCGUAGGUCCAUGCGCUUCAAUCUGUCGGCGUACAGGGAGCGAGGGCUUGCCUUUGAUUUCUUCUCUGCACAAAUCGGCCUGGUAACCAAUGACGAAGAAGAGCGUGUGUGCUCGCUGGAGAGUGACCGGCGGGAGAAUCAGAAUCCGGAUGACACUAUCACCUUCACGAUAAUCUCUAACAGAGGACGACUCUUCACAAGGAACCUCAAGACGCGCACCGAUGCCAAGCUGAAGGUCAACUUCGCCAUCCAUCUCCCGGAGAACGUCCGGACGCUGCGCCUGCACGUGUACCGCCAGAAGCGGCACUUCCGCCUGAGCCCGUUCUGCGCGCCCCGCAUCUACGCGGUCUGGUCGCAGGCCAGUCUCAGCAACGGGCGGCCGAUACUGCCGGCGUGCGGCAAGGAAUGCCGCAUCGACGGCAAGGGAGUGUACUUAUCGUGUCUGCUCGGAGGCUGCUCGGGAACUGCCCUGAAAUACAAAGAGCCAGGCCACUACGCGGUCAUUGAGAAGCUCCACAACAGGUCGCAGAUUUGCAUCGACUGCAGCAUCAGAAAACGCAGGCACCUGCCGACGUAUAUGGACGGAUUGGGGCGCCUGGAGCAUUUCAUCGGAGCGCACGCCGACAGUCGUGUGGCAUUCGACCUGGGCGAAAUCCGCCACCUGGUGGCCGAUGAAACCUCACUGAACGUUUUCCACGUGACCGUGGGUCUGAGCAGCCGGUCUCAGCGCAAGUGCCUGAGUCGCUUGCGUACGCCAGCACAGAAGCGACUGUACCGGCCGAUGACAUUCAACAUCCUGUUGGACAACGACAUAGCGCAGACUGUGGAGCUGGACGUGUUCAACCAGCCCAGCAGAAACCUCUCCAUUCUCAUCUCCAGGGCACGGAGGACUCUUCGCAUCGAGGCUCUGGGCGGCACCGGGAGUCGCCUCUGCAACCAGGCCAUCUGGGCCAAUCCACGCCUGGAGCAUAGCACGCUGUACGCGUUUCCACCGUGCAAUCGCGACUGCGAGAGCGACUUUGAGCGCGGUCACUACCCGCUGAGCUGCACUCUGGGCAAGUCUGCAUGCCCGGGGUCGUCGGUAUGGAACAGUAGCCUGUAUGCACAGGUUGGGCCGAUAUCGUGGGGUGUCGGUAUUGAUACUGCCGGCGAUUGGGCUAUCAGCUGGCACCGCGCCAGCUUUCGGCGACGAAUCCAGUUCAGCGGCGGUCGCAGGCCGUUCAAGCGUGGUAUCGGGCUUCACGCCCCAGGCACAGUCGAGUUUAAUCUGGGACGGAUGCGCGAGUCCGGCUUGAAAUUCAACUUCCUGCACGUGGUGGUCGGUAUGGAUACGAACUCGCUGCUCCCGCGAUGCACCGCGUUCGCGCUCAUGGUGGGCGGUGAGGCUCGUGUCUAUGGCGACGGCCGACUGCUUGGCAGCUGGGUGAUGGCGCAUCAGCACUCGGCGCGUUCGCGGCAGUCCUCGCUCAACCCAAAGCAGACGUACGGGUCUGGGCACGACGUGUACAUCUCAGUGAAUGGAGUCGACAAGCUGCGCUUUGUCGCACGCAACCCGACAAACAGCUUGUGCGGCCAUGUGGCGUUUGGCCUGGCCGAGUUGAUAACUCUUGAUUCAUAUUAGCGCCUUUUGACAUCAGUGUCACGAGUUGAGUGCCAAUGCCUUGAUUGCACUAGCUAUCAAGGAAGCAUAUUAUAUCUUUUAAGAAGAUGAUAUCUAUUCGCCACGAGAUUUGAUUGUUUAUGGCGUUCUGGCAUGGAUUUUAGCGGCUGUACCACACAGAAUUGUACUUGAACACUAAACAGUCGAACGAAUUGAUUAUACUCGGGGCGUUCAUACGUUCUAUCCCUUA